CCGUUCCGGUGUUUCGGAUCCGCCGCUCUUAGACAAACUUUCAGAAAACUUUUCUUUUCCAAUCAGGACUCGGUUCGGUUGCUUUUUUCUCUCCUUCCUCCUUUCUUUUUUUGCACGGGAGGCGACUGCCGUUCAGAAGCAGCCGCAGCCGUUCUCCCCGGCCAUCCUCAGACGGAGGGCAGCAUGGAAGUGACCACGGAUCAACCCCGGUGGGUCAGUCACCACCAUCCCGCCGUCCUCAACGGGCAGCACCCGGAUUCCCACCACCCUGGACUCGGCCACUCGUACAUGGACCCCGCGCAGUAUCCACUGGCCGAGGAAAUGGAUGUACUUUUUAACAUCGACGGCCAGGGCAAUCACGUCCCUUCCUACUACAGCAACUCGGUGCGGGCCACGGUGCAGCGGUACCCGCCGACCCAUCACGGUAGCCAGGUAUGUCGCCCACCUUUGCUGCACGGGUCCCUCCCUUGGCUGGAUGGGAGCAAAGCUUUGGGAAGCCACCACGGCGCUGCCCCAUGGAACCUGAGUCCUUUCUCCAAAGCUCCCAUCCACCACGGCUCGCCGGGACCUCUCUCCGUCUACCCGCCAGCUUCUACCUCCACGCUGUCGGCCGGCCACUCCAGUCCUCACCUCUUCACUUUCCCGCCGACCCCUCCGAAAGAUGUCUCUCCAGAUCCUUCCAUCUCCACUCCGGGCUCCACGGGGUCGAGCCGCCAAGAAGAGAAGGAGUGCAUUAAGUACCAGGUGUCGCUGGCCGAAACCAUGAAGCUGGAAUCGUCUCAUUCCCGGAGCAACAUGGCGUCCUUGGGAGGAUCUUCUUCUGGUCAUCAUCCGAUCGCCACUUAUCCUUCCUACGUCCCCGAAUACGGCUCUGGACUUUUCCCCCCGAGCAGUCUUCUUGGGGGAUCACCAACUGGAUUUGGGUGCAAAUCCAGGCCUAAGGCUCGCUCCAGCACAGAAGGCAGGGAGUGUGUAAACUGUGGAGCUACCUCAACCCCACUUUGGAGGCGAGAUGGCACAGGGCAUUACCUCUGUAACGCCUGUGGAUUGUACCACAAAAUGAAUGGGCAGAAUCGGCCACUGAUAAAGCCCAAAAGAAGACUGUCAGCUGCAAGACGGGCUGGGACAUCGUGCGCAAACUGCCAGACGACAACCACCACAUUGUGGAGGAGGAACGCCAAUGGGGAUCCUGUGUGCAAUGCCUGUGGGCUGUACUACAAGCUCCACAAUAUUAACAGACCCCUGACUAUGAAGAAGGAAGGCAUCCAGACCCGAAACCGGAAGAUGUCUAGCAAGUCGAAAAAGGGCAAGAAAAUUCACGACAGCCUGGAGGAUUUCCCCAAAAGCAGCUCCUUCAAUCCUGCCACCCUUUCCAGACAUAUGUCGUCCAUCAGUCAUCUUUCUCCCUUCAGCCAUUCAGGCCACAUGUUGACCACACCGACUCCGAUGCACCCUUCUUCCGGCUUGUCUUUCGGACCUCACCACCCCUCAAGUAUGGUCACCGCCAUGGGCUAAACAAGAAUGCGUUCUCAGGCAGAGGGGGGGGGGAAACAAUAAAAAAUAAAAAAUA